AUGUCAGACUUUUCGGAAUUGGAAAUUGAACGUCGAAACCAAAUUUUCAGAGACAAAUACAUGGUCCCGUUUGUAUUAAGAUUGCGGAGAUUCAGUCGACAUGUUGAGAUGCAGAGAUCCAGUCGAUAUGCUGAGAUACAGAGAUUCUGUCGACAUAAUGAGAUGCGAAAAUGCCAUCGAAACAGAAUUCGCGCUUGGAAGUCGCAACAACGUAAACUUGCUAAGGCUCAACGACCUGAAACUCUGGCUCGUAGACGGAGACUAUACAGGGGCAUUAAAUCAAUGACCAAAAAACACAAUCCCCCAAUGAAAGCUCAUGGACUCCGCCGUUCACCUCAAGCUUUACGGCUGGCAAAAGAAGCGCUUCGUCGGAAGUUACGACAAGCCAAUAAACCACCUCCCAAUCAACGAGAUGAAGCUCUGGAGUCUCAACUGCCAGAAGCUCCGACUCGUGGACGAAGACUAUGCAGGGGUUCGAAACCAAGAGCUGAGGAACAAAGUUUACUAAUUCGGACGCUCAAACCUCUCAGGUCAUCUCAAAUGUUGCGACGGGAACACAUAGAAGCGACGCGUCGCUGGAAGUUACAACAAUUUUAUCGAUCAGAUUCCAUUGAAGAAGAUUACAUUCAAGAAGAUGAAUAA